CAAAUACCAAAUCCCUAAAUUUUUUUUUCAGUACUUUAAACUGAGAAUUCACAAAUCAAUUACACUUGAAUUUAAUUGGGUUUUUGCAUUUUCUUCUACAAGCAGUGCUGCUAGCCAAUGAUUUUAAUUUCAAGAAAGAGAGUUUGAAUUUUGAUUUGCAAAACUGGCCACCUGAAGACUGUUGGAAUUGCGGUAUUUGUCAUCGUAAUUGCGGAACUUGCCUGAUUCCGGGGGUCGCAAUUGCGGACCUAGCCUGAAUGAAUACCAAACGCAAUUAAGCCGCAUUUGCAACGCCUGGCCAACACCUCCACUUUCACAAUUGUGGCCUUUGAGUCGCAAUUGCAACUGACGCUUGUAGCUUCAAAAUCACUUCUUGAAAGCAGCUCCCACUCUUCAUAGAAACCACUUUUGGUGCAUUGCGAGACGAUACAAAGGUGACAUUAUCCAAAAGAUGCAUGGUCGAAGGAGAUGAGAAGGCUGGUAUGCUCAUGAAGCUGGAGAAGAAAUCCAAGAAAAGGAAAAAGAAUGCUGCCUCCAAUGAUUCGGAAGUGACAAAGGGCGAUUUUAAAGGAGGAAGUGAAGAUAGUGACAUCAAGAGAAAGAAAGAAAUAGGUGGCGGAAAACCGCCUGGGAAAUCAAGUAAAGAUGGGUGCGAGGAUGCGGUUGAAAAAGUCGUAAAAAUGAAAAAGAAGUUGAAGAAAGAGCAGGAGACAUUGAUAAUGUAUGAUGCUAGUUUAGAUACCAAAACAAUUGCUCCUGAAAGUGUGAGCGGAACUCAGGAGACCAAUGCGGUUGAGACUCUCAGUGAGGGCUCUGGUGGAAAUGUUAUAGACGAAUCGAAGAGGAAGAAGAGGAAAAAGGAAAAGCGGAAAAAAGAGGAUGGACAGGUAGAUAUCGUGACUGGUGUAAUUCAAGGUCAUAUUUCAGCUAUAGAAGAGAUAGAAGAUAGCAAAAUAGAUGAUGCUAAUAUCAGAAAGAGGAAAAAGACAAAACUAGGACACAAUUGUAAAGAUCUUAUACAUGAAAAGACUGAAAAAAGAGUAAGAUUUUCUGAUCAUGUACAGUUUUUUCCUCCAACCAGUGAUCGAAUUGAUGAGAAGCAUGAAAAUAACGAGGAAAAAUUACUGUUUGGCAAACAAUUCACAGAGGAAGAAGAUGAAAUAGUCAAAGACGCUGUUUAUAGAUACAUAGAGGUACAUAACUUGGGCGAAGAUGGGUUGCAAAAGGUUAUAAAUUCUAUAUCUAAUCCUGAAGUAAGGGGCUGCUGGAAAGAGAUAGGGAAGGCUAUACCGUACAGGCCUUACAGAGCAGUUUAUUCUCGUGCACAACGUUUAUUUCGAGCGGGUGAGAAGCGUAAAUGGACUGAAGAAGAGUAUGAGAUGGUAAGAAAGUUCCGAGGACAACAUGGGCAUAACUGGACCGUUUUGGCUGAUGAACUUGGGAAACAUCCGGUUCAUGUUGGAAAUGCAUGGCAUAGGAUAAAACUGGAGAAUCGGAAGAAAGGAAAUUGGGAUCAGGAGGAAAUCCAGAAACUGUUUGAUUUGGUAAACACCGACCUGCAACUGAAGCUCCGUGAAGAAAGGAAAUCUAAGCAUGGGAUGUUACGGGAUAAUAUUUGCUGGAGUGCAAUUAGUGACAGUUUGUCCACCAGGAUUUCUCCACAUUGCUGCAAUAAAUGGUACAGACAAUUAACAUCACCGAUGGUUGCUGCAGGUGAAUGGGCAGACACUGAUGACUAUCGCCUAAUUGAUGCCCUUUUUGAACUUGAUGCGAGUUGCAUAGAGGACGUGGAUUGGGACAAUCUUCUUUGCCACAGGAUAGGAGAGUUAUGUCGAAAGAGAUGGAAAGAGAUGGUUCGUCAAAUAAGUCAACAUGAAAACAAGUCAUUUGCUGCACAAGUAGAAGUGUUAGCUAAGAGAUACCGCCCUGAUUUGGUUGGAGCAAGAGAGGCCUGGGAUAGAAAACCAGUUGUUCCAUGAUAUGUUCAUCACUCAGCAUGGACGUUUCUGCAGAGAGAGAUGCUUAAGGAACACGUAUAACGGUAGGUGGCGGUAUCCUGUACCCUAUAUUUUGCAGUCAGUUCGAACAUAGCAUAAAUAUAUAUUGGUCAAAUCAAAGAAAUUGAGUGCAGACAGUACUUACACUAGAUCCGUCACUGGAUGUACUAUGAAAACACACAAAUGUUUUGGAAUAUAUCCUUUCCUGUCUUUGCAUUUCUGUGAAAA